UCCAGCGAUAUCGUCGACUUAAUUGCACAGAUACUACUUAAACUGAACUGAGCUGGAUAAAGACAUCACGGAAUUCAAUGAAGAACUGCAUUUAACUGAAAAUUGAGUGUUUACUACUGUCCUUCUGCAUCAUUGACACACUUUUCAUAUUAAAUACUUGUGUCAGAAUGGAGCAUCUGUCUGCGGCACACACACGCUUCUCUCUCAGUCUCUUCCAGAAGAUCUCUGAGGGACAGGCUUCAGCCAAUGUCUUCUACUCUCCUCUCAGCAUCUCUGCUGCUCUCUCUAUGCUGUCUCUCGGAGCCGGAGGAAACACUGCGUCUCAGAUGUCCCGGACUCUGCAUUUUCCUGAAGCAGAGGGUGAAAUCCACGCUGGCUUCAGCAAACUCCUGAGUGAGAUCAACAGAGCCGGAGCUCCGUACGCACUGAGUCUGGCCAGUCGCCUCUAUGGAGAUCAGUCCUACACGUUCAUCGAGAAAUUUCUAAGUGACACAAAAACCCUGUACGAGGCUGAACUGGAGACUGUGGACUUCAGCAGUAAUGCAGACGCAGCUCGUGUCAACAUCAACACCUGGGUGGAGAAACAGACACAAGAGAAGAUCAAGGAUCUGCUGGCCGAGGGUGACGUGGACUCGCUGACCAGACUGGUGCUGGUGAACGCCAUCUACUUCAAGGGGAGCUGGGAGAGGAAGUUCAGAGAGGAACACACCCAAGAGAAGCAGUUCAAGAUCAACAAGAAAGAAUCAAAGCCUGUGCAGAUGAUGUUCCAGAAGGCCAAGUUUCCUCUGGCCUUCAUUCCUGAUGUGAACUGUCAGAUUCUGGAGCUUCCGUAUGCUGGGAAAGACCUCAGUAUGCUGAUCAUGCUUCCCAACACCAUGGAGGACGACACCACCGGCCUGCAGAAGCUGGAGAGCGCGCUGACCUACGAGAACUUUGUGGAGUGGACCCGACCUGACAUGAUGGAUCUGAUUGAAGUGGAAGUGUCUCUGCCAAGAUUCAGAAUGGAGGAAACCUAUGACAUGAAGGCUCUCCUGGUCAGCCUGGGAAUGGUGGAUGCGUUUGACUCUCAGAGAGCUGAUUUCUCCGGCCUGUCCCCGAAAAAUGAUCUGGUGCUGUCUAAGGUGGUGCAUAAGUCCUUUGUUGAAGUGAACGAGGAGGGGACGGAGGCCGCUGCAGCCACCGGUGCCGUCAUGAUGAUGCGCUGCCUGAUGCGUCCUGAGCGCUUUCACGCUGAUCACCCGUUCCUCUUCUUCAUACGCCACAAUCCCUCCAAGAGCGUUCUGUUCUAUGGACGCGUCUGCUCUCCUUGAGGUCCCGGCACUCCACCACAUGGCACACACACAUGUUUCUGAUGGGUUUGAUCCAUUUAGAAAUCAUAAUACCAGUAGAUGAGGAUCAAGGUUCAGAUCUGUGCACUUUCAAAGGUUUCAGUUGAAAGUCCAGUUUGAACUUUGCUUUACUGCCUUUAUUCCCGAGUGCCUGUGUUGUUUCUUCUGUUGAAUCAUCUGGAGUCAAAUCCAGAGCAUUUAUGUAUUUACUGUACAGGUGCAUGCAGCAUCAUGAAUAAACAACUAAUAAUAAUAAUUCAAAAAUAAAAUAAAACCUGCGUUCAGCUCGA